UUUGCUCCUCAUUGCUGGAGUUCACAGGCACCUCAAAUGUAAAGGGCCAGCUGCCCCAAAGCAACUGCCUGGACCAGCUGCGGAUCAGAAAGUGAGGGUGGGACUGGUUUCCUACCUCUGCAGGCCACAGCCAUGGGUAACAACCAUGCAAGUCUGGAUGAUAUCCUUGCUGAAGAUAUGCACCACUGGUAUAACAAGUUCAUGAGGGAGUCUCCAUCUGGCCUGAUCACACUAUUUGAGCUCAAGGCCAUUCUUGGACUACAGGGUAUGACUGAGGAUGCGAACAGCUAUGUGGACCAGGUGUUCUUCACUUUUGACAUGGAUGGGGAUGGAUAUAUCAAUUUUGUGGAAUACAUUGCUGCCGUUAGUUUAAUGCUCAAAGGGGAAAUCAACCAGAAGCUAAAGUGGUACUUCAAACUUUUUGACCAGGAUGGCAAUGGGAAAAUUGACAAGGACGAAUUGGAGACAAUAUUCAAAGCAAUACAAGACAUCACACGAAAUCGUGACAUUGAGCCAGAGGAUGUGGUGACACUUAUAUAUGAAAAGAUUGAUGUCAAUGGAGAGGGUGAGCUGACACUGGAGGAAUUUAUUGAAGGAGCAAAAGAUCAUCCAGAUAUUAUGGAUAUGCUGAAGAAAUUGAUGGACCUCACUCCAGUCCUAGUUAUUAUUUUUGAUGGACGACAAAAACCAACCACGGAAGGUUAGGCUGUUUAAACACCAUCAUAAGGACAAAAUACAAAGAAUACAAAAAAAGACAAUCCCUGUUCUGAAAUCAAAGUAGAGCUGAAAUAGAUUGGAGUUAUACAAGAUGUUUGGCAAUUCAACUCUGAGGAUCAGAUGUACCUCUCCAUGGCAUCUGUGUGAUCCCCUUGAUAGAAAAUUCAAGGGAGAACUCAGACUGUUGCCCAAACCUCGUGCUGUCCGAUCCCAAAGGAGAUACAGAGCUUUGCGUCAGAUAGGUACUCUGAUGCUAUAAGGGGUUCAGAGGACUAAGGAAUGAGCAAUGUGGUGCUUUUUAAGGAAAGUCUCAGCGGAGAAGGCUAAUAAUAU